AUGUACCUGCAUAACCUAUCCAACUAUGAUGCACACUUUAUUGUCAGAGAGCUCGCAGUGGAUAAAGGUGAUAUUGAUGUGCUCGCCAACACCGAGGAAAAAUACAUUACCUUUUCUAAGCGAUUCAAACAUCCGGGAGCAGGUCGGAGGAAAAGCAUCAAACUACAAUUUGUCGAUUCAUACCGACUGAUGUCAAAAUCACUAGCAAUAUUGGCAUCAAUUCUUCCAGCUGAUAAAAUGAGCAUAACAAGAGCUCGCUACCCGGAUCAAGAAGAGUUUGACAUGCUACGUAGGAAAGGCAUUUUCCCUUAUGAGCACAUUACAUCCCAGGAUGUACUGAACGAAGAAGUCCUACCACCAAAGCAGGUUUUUGGGAAUAAUGUGACAGAUGAUGAUUACGCGCACGCUCAGCGUGUCUGGUCCAAGUUCAACUGCACAACCCUCGGACAAUAUGCUGACAUCUACCUACAAACAGACGUACUACUGUUGGCAGAUGUGUUCGAGGGGUUCAGGGAGAUGUGUCUAACACACUACGGCUUGGACCCAGCACAUUAUUUAACAUUACCUUCAUACGCGUGGGAUGUCAUGUUGUUCAAGACCGGCGUGAUACUUGAUACCCUUCAAGAUGUAGAUCAGUAUUUAUUUUUUGAAAAGGGUAUUCGAGGUGGACUCACCCAAUGCGUCACUAGACACGUCACCGCAAACAACAAGUUUACCAGGAUGGAAAAUAAAAUUGGUGAUCGAAACGGUCAGUGCGCAUCAACAAGUGAAGCAGAUAAUGAAGAGAAUGAUGAUGAUACAUUUUUAAUGUACUAUGACGCCAAUAACUUGUAUGGAUGGGCAAUGUCUCAGCCAUUACCUUACGCCCAGUUUGAGUGGCUAUCACGUGCGGAAUGCGAUGACUUGAACAUUGCAGAAAUUCCAUCGGAUGGUGAGUAUGGUUAUGUACUGGAAGUGGAUCUGGAGUACCCGAGGGAUCAUGCCAUUCAUGAUAAGCACCGUGACUUACCAUUCUGUCCCGAGGUGCGAAAGGCACCAAUUUAUCAAUUACCAUAUUCAUCGGAUGACAUCACCAACAGCGGUGCGGGAAGAUCCAAUAAACUUAUGGCCACACUAACGGAUAAGGAAGAAUAUGUGAUCCAUUAUCGUUACCUCCAACAAGCUAUGGAAAAUGGACUACGACUUUGUCAUAUCCACAGAGCACUCCGAUUCAAACAGUCACCGUGGUUAAAACCGUACGUGACAUUGAAUACUGAACUCAGACAGCGUGCCAGCAAUAAAUUUGAAGUUGAGAUGUUUAAGCUGAUGGUAAACGCUGUCUACGGCAUGAGUCUCCAGAAUGUGAGGAAACAUCAAAAUCUCAAACUAGCAGCCUCCCACAAAAUUUACACAAAGUAUGUGGCCAAGGCAAAUUUCAAUGACAGAGUUUGGUAUAACGAGAACCUGGCCCUGCUUCAAAUGGGAAAAGUGAGAAUUGUACUUAGUAAGCCAGUAUAUGCAGGAAUGUGUAUUCUGGACCAUAGUAAAAGAUGGAUGUACGGUUUUCACUACGACAUGGUAGAACGAUACGGAUUGAAUAGAAUACGGAUGACGUAUAUUGACACUGAUGGGAUUAUUUAUGCUAUCCGUACCAGAAACGUCUACCGCGACAUGAUACAACACCUCGAUGACUUUGACACUAGCAACUACCCCAAAAAUCACAUCUGCUAUGACGGAAGCAACGCAAGAGUCCUGGGAAAGUUUAAGGACGAAGCAGGAGGAGUCACUAUCAAUAUGUUCAUAGGGUUGAUGGCUAAACUAUAUUGUUUUGUUUUCGGUAAGAGUUCUUGCUCUGAGGGUAACGGAGAUGAUAACUACGAUAUUGGUGCACCACCACCUGUCAAGAGGGCAAAGGGUGUUAAUCGCGAUGUUGUUAAAAAUAAAUUGACUGUUGAUGACUACUUGGACUGUCUCUAUAACAAAACUUGUAAGAGCACAGACAAUCAGCGCUUCCAAAGUAGGCAUCAUAUUAUGUACACAGUCGUGGUGAGGAAACGAUCUCUGGCACCGUUUGACGAUAAGCGAUACGUCAUGCCAGAGGAUGGAAUUUCUACACUACCAUGGGGGCAUUAUGCUAUACCCCCCAGAGCACCACCACUACCCGCAGCACCAUUUUUACCAGCUCCGAUGGAGUUGGACGAAAAUUAA